AUGUUUAUUACAAUAUAUGAUAUUGUUGUGUUUUUCUUUAGUGUGGUCUUGGACAAUUUUUUCAGAGAAAUCAAAUCACGAGGAUCACAUAAGAUUCCUAUGGAAGGUCCUGUGAUUUUCGUUGCUGCACCUCAUGCAAAUCAGUUUGUUGAUCCACUGAAUUUGAUGAUGAAUACCAAGCGCAGAGUUUCAUUUUUAAUUGCAGAAAAGUCCAUGAAACGUAAAUAUAUUGGAGCCAUGGCCCGUGCUGUUCAUGCAAUUCCCGUAGCAAGACCACAUGAUUUGGCCAAGCAAGGAAUAGGGAAAAUUCAUUUGGUUGACAGAAAAACUGACCCUUUACGUAUUACAGGGGUUGGAACUGAAUUCACAAAACAAUUUAAAGUUGGCUUUCAAAUUGCACUUCCUAAUGAUCGUGGAUCAUCUGAAGUUACUAAAGUAAUAUCAGAUACAGAACUAUUGAUCAAAAAAGAAUUUAAAGAUUUGAACGCUUUAGAAAUGUUAACAAAUCCUGAAGGAACUUCAUUCAAGUGUUUGCCUCAUGUUGAUCAAAGCCAAGUGUAUAAAUCCGUCUUUGAGACAUUAAAUGCAGGAAAUUGUAUUGGAAUCUUUCCUGAAGGUGGAAGUCAUGAUAGGACAGAAAUAUUGCCAUUAAAAGCUGGCGUUACAAUUAUGGCUCUUGGAGCAAUGGCUGCAAACCCAAAGUUGGAUGUGAAGAUUGUACCAUGCGGUUUAAAUUAUUUUCACGCUCAUUCUUUCCGUUCACGAGCUGUUGUAGAAUUUGGCACCCCUAUCUCAAUAUCACCCGAAUUAGUUGAAAAGUAUCGUAAAGGUGGAGUGGAAAAGAGAGAAGCAUGCGGAAAGUUGUUAGAUAGUAUUUAUACGGCUUUGAGAUCUGUUACAGUGAAUACACCAGACUAUGAAACUUUAAUGGUUAUUCAAGCUGCACGACGUUUAUAUAACCCUGAACAUCAUAAACUUGAACUAUCAGAUGUUAUUGAAUUGAAUCGUCGGUUUGUUGCUGGUUAUAUGAAAUUUAAAGAUGAUCCACGUGUAAAGGAAAUGAAUGAAAAGGUAAUGGCAUAUAAUCAAUUACUGAAAUAUCAUGGUUUGAAGGAUCAUCAGGUUCAUAGAACAGCGCUUGGAGGAAUAAGAGCCUUUACCCUGUUGAUAUACAGAUUACUUGUCUUGAUAAUAUGGGCUAUUAUCGGCUUUCCUGGUUUCAUAUUAAAUAUUCCAUUAAUAACUAUAACCCGUGUCAUAUCCGCAAAAAAGGCAAAAGAGGCUUUAAAGUCAUCCACUGUCAAAGUAGCUGGUCGUGAUGUACUAGCAACUUGGAAACUUCUUGUUGCUCUUGUUGUCAUGCCUAUUUUAUAUGGAUUUUAUACCUUUGUAACGUUAUCAUUAGCCUAUAAAUAUGAUUGGAAUAUAUUACAACUUCAUUGGUGGACUCCUGUGGUUGGUUGCUUACAUUUAUCGAUACGUGAACAAUUAUCAUAUGAUCUUACAGAUCUUAUUAAUGAACUUGGACCCAAAGUGUUUCCAGAUUUUGAUAAUUCACGUCUUGUAAGAGAAUUGAAGAAAAUUUUUGAUUGGUCAAGAGCAGAUGAUUCAGAUUAUGAUGAUGUAUUCUUUUUUCUUGACAAGCAGCAUGGAAAUGUAGUAGGAAGAAGUAGAAAUUCAAGCGGACAUAGUAGUACUAGAACUCGUAGUCGUGCAAGUUCGUUCAAUUCUAAUGUAUUAAGUGAAGGUAGUACACGUAAUAGUGGAGGCUUUCGAGUUGAUGCAUUCACAGAAUUAUCAAAAGAUAAAGCAUUUUCAGAGGUAAACAAAAGACCAACGUCUAUACCAAAAGUUGAAAUAAAUGAUUAUGACGAUGAUUCAGGAUAUCAUGGGGAUAAAGAGAUUGAACCUAAAAAAAGUGUGUGA